GUCGUGAUCCCUCAGUCGGGAUGCCGGUCGCGUAUCCUCUCGUCUAUUCGGUACCGUGAUGAUCGGUGAACGUGUGAAGUGUGUUUUAGGGACCAUCGGGAACCGCUCGCGGCUCCUCGCGGCGGUUCUCCUGUUAUCGAUAUUUACCGGAAGUGCUUGGACCGACAACUUCACCGGUUCCGAGGGACCGAGCUUUACUGUGCCAAUAACGAACGUGACGGUCCCAAUGGGCAGAGAAGCGGUGCUCGCUUGCGUUGUCGCGAACCUUUCCCUCCACAAGGUAGCGUGGCUACGAGUGGACACACAGACAAUUUUAACGAUAGCCAAUCACGUGAUUACAAAGAAUCACAGGAUCGGGGUGACACACGCAGAGCAGAAAACGUGGUACCUGCACAUACGAGAUGUUCGUUUAUCGGACCGAGGCGCUUAUAUGUGUCAGCUUAAUACCGAUCCGAUGAAGAGUCAAACUGGCUAUUUGGAAGUUGUAGUUCCGCCUGAUAUCUCGGAUAGUUCUACGAGCACGGACAUGGUUGUUAGAGAAGGCAGCAAUGUUACACUGCGUUGCGCGGCCACAGGAAUACCGGCGCCAAAUAUCACCUGGAGAAGAGAAGAUGGACAAACUAUACUUCUUGCGAAUGGUGAAGAAGUGAGAAGCGUGGAGGGGUCAUUAUUUAAUAUCAGCAAAGUAAAUCGAUUACAAAUGGGUGCAUAUUUUUGCAUCGCCUCCAACGGUGUGCCGCCCACUGUCAGUAAAAGAAUAAUGCUCAUAGUACAAUUUACCCCGAUGAUUUCGAUACAGAAUCAGUUGGUGGGGGCGCAAGAAGGACAACGAAUGACUCUGGAGUGUAAUUCCGAGGCGUACCCAAAAUCGAUUAACUAUUGGACGAGGGAAAACAACGAGAUCAUAAAAAAUGGUGACAAGUACAUACAGUCGGUCUCUGACAACACGUACAAGGUACACAUGAAUCUUACAAUUCUCAGAGUAGCAGUGUCGGAUUACGGAACGUACAAAUGCAUAUCAAAAAACUCCCUCGGAGAAACGGAUGGUAGCAUUAGGCUUUAUCAAAUUCCAACACCAACAACGCAAGUGAGAACGACGACGACUACUCCACAACCUACAAUUGAAGAAGUUGAAAACAUUCAAAACUCGCGGCAGAGACCAUUGCCCAGUGCUGAACCGAGUUCCAUUCAAAUAACAGUUUCAUCGUUACCCAAUGUUGUUAGAAGCGAUGAUAUUCGGCUUCAUGGCAGAGCGAGUAGCGGCGGUUAUAACGACGCGGAAAACAAUGUAGCGACAAAAGGACGAAAAAGCAUCGACAGCCAAGUGAGACCACGAAGAAUCGACAACACGGCGCAAUCGAUGUCAUCCAGGGGUAGUAGCUCGAAUUUUCUCGCGCAAUCUAGAGCGGCCAUCUGCAUAAUCCUACUAUCUGCGUUGUCGUAGUCACGUCAGUGUCUAGCAUCAAAAAGAAUGGUUAUUCCAGGAAAAUCCUUCGGGGAUCAAGAUUCGUCCUGUUCAUUGUCAUUUAUCUCAUCCGCGAAAGGGAUCAAUUAAUGGAUGCGCAUCGACAGAAUAAAUUUAUCGGCAACCAUUAUCGUCGCAGCUGCUACGACUGAAAUCAACGCGUAUUUCUUUAUGAAUGUUGCAACAAUACCGAUUAAUUUUCAUCCGCGCCUUGCCAAAUUUUCCAAACAGAUUUAAAUGCUUUCGCCAUUCAUUUGUCCAACUUAUCGCGUUUUUACACGUAUUUGCGGUUUCUAAUUGUAUUUCACAUUAGUUAUCUGUAACUUUGAGGAACAAUGGUAUCGAGUGAAAUUACAUCUGGAGCUAAAUGGUUCGCUUUGGAAAUUGUUGCCAGAAAUGUUCUACGUAAUUGCUCGGAGAAUUUUUACUGUGAUUUUAUUGCUGAGUGUUAUAAUAUUACUCGCGAGUUUUGUUCUAAAAUAAAUACCGCAAAUGAGUUUACAUAGAGUUAAAAUCAUAUUUUCAUUGAAAAAGACGUGAUAUGCUGAUUAUGUUUCAAAAUUUCUAGAAUGAAAAUUUUUACGAAUAUUUGUUCAUUUUACGUUACUUUAAUUGGACAUGAAUUAAGUAUUCAAUUAAUUUUUUACUUGGAAUAUUAUUAAGUAUUGUUGAAAUGAAAAUAUAUUUUUCAGUGAAAAGAUAAUUAGUCCCUUACAGGUCAACGAUUUAUGACAUUGUUUAAAAUAUAUUUCAUUUUAAAAUACUCAUACAGAUUAUACAUGUCAAAUUAUGUUACUUGAAGUGUUUCUAAAUCUUUCCACCUUCGCAAUUCCUUUCGGCAACACAUGAUUGAAAUAUUAGAGAUACGUGUAUUUCAUAGAGCACCUUCGAAAACAAUUUCCUAUUGUACCAUACAUUUUCCACUUAUAUAUAGUUUACGAAAAAACUGUACAAGCAUGACUUUCAGAUGGCCAGAUAACCAUUAUUAAACAAAGAUGUGUAUUUUUGUAUUUCCUCGUGUCAGAUGUAUUAUUGUUUUAAAACAAUAGCGAUGUGCUUUCAACGAAAAAUAUUUGUUGUAUAUACGUAUUGAAACGAAGACGGACACUUACGCGUACUCUUAAGGAAACGUUCUAUCCAAAAUUUUAUUUUUCACAUUCCAAUAAUAAUUAAAAACCGCAUAAAAACCUCCGAAGCAAAUUUUCUUCUAAUUAUUCCCAAAGAAAUAAAACUUGUGUCUGUAUCGUAACAUUUAUUUCCGUUGCGGCGUAUAUAAAGAAUCAAAGAAAAAUCAACGCGACUCGGAUAAAUUGUAGUUAUAAUUGUGAUAUAAUCUUCUACACAUUUGAAAUGCUUGCAGGAACGUAGAAUAAUUUCCUCCGUUUCCCAACACAUUCCACUGAAACGAUACUGCCAAGAAGCUGUCUACAAUAUUACAAAGAUGUCAAAGAGAAAAAAAUCAUCAAGGGCGAUGUAAUUAACGUUCGUUUACGCUCAGAAUUAUUUCAAAGAAUUUUUGAACUGAUUAUAUCAUGUCAUUUCAGUAUCGUUCGCCGUUGCAGCUUAACGGGGCAGUAGUUCCCUUUAUCUGUUUCGUCCGAUAUUAUCGAUUUCUCUCCUUUCUUUCUUUGUUCGUCAAGUGAAAAGCUCUGAAAUCAUACGCGUCGUUAGCCAAAUGAGAUCCUUUCAUUUCCGUCAGUUCUACAAGCGGAAAUGAUAGAACUCUUUACCGGUGCACUUUUGUUCGAUUGUUUCACGGAACGUUUCUUAAUACUUGUAAUUAUCAAAGAUGAAGAUCGCUUUUUGUUUCAUGUUUCAUUUUCUUUAGCUUUAUAAUGACUGGGUAAUAACAUUUAUUUAAAAGGGCUGAAGCUUCGUCAGCGGAAGAGAUUAGCUCUUAAAUUAAUGGUUGCUCUAACUAUUACACGCUACUUAACCCUUUGCGGUACAAUGUGUGUUACGUCUUUGACUCUCGUACACUUUUCUCUGUAUGUUAUUUGGAUUUUACUUUCCUUUUCCAUUUUAACGGUUGAAACUCGUUUUCUGUGUGUAUGUACAGAGAGGGGAUGCGGUCGGAUGGAUUAAACCAACAAAAGAUGAUUGUGAGUGUGAAAAUAAAUUGUAUAUGCAAAAUAAAAUAUCAUAUUUUUAUGAAACUUUGAUAAAGGGUAAUUCUUAGAAGCAUUAUUGAUAUGUAUUUUUUUAUACGUACAUUAUAUAAUUUUAUUAAUUCAAUUCAGAACAUAUUUGAAUUUUCAAAUUCCAUUGGAAACAUAUUUAAUUGAAUAUUUUGAAAAUUGUUGCAUUUAAAAAAGUUUGAAUGACACACGUCCGUCAUGGUAUAAUUAAUUAAAGUUUAGUGGAAAUUAAAUAAAUAAAUGUUUCGGCAACCUCUUGCAGUGCAAGAAUUACAAUUCCAUAUUAUCCAUGUUUUGUAUUUAGAUAUAUAUUCCUGUUCAAAAAUUUAUAUAAGAUGGAUUAAUAUUUGGCAGGAAAAAUUAACAAGGAGUGCACAACUGAAUUAAUUAUUAAAAAAUACAUAACAUGAUUUUACAAUUUACAGCAUUGUUCUAACUUUAAUAGUUUUUUAAAUAUUGUACUAAAUAUAUUUCACACACUUAACCUUGGUAAUUAAACAAAAAAGAUACAUAUUAAAUAUAUUUGCAAGAACAAAUGUUUACUAAAACAGGAUUAACAUCUAUCAAUGUCACUUCGAUAUAUUCUUUUACUACAUACAUGAAAAUUGAAACAUCGAUAACACAGAGAAGCAAAAUAAUGCUUAAGUAAAAUAUAUGUAUCUUACAAAUUUGUAAAAUAAUUUUCAAAAGAUUCAUUUUACUGAAACAAAUGUUAUUAUACACAUUUUACUUCAAAAUCACGUAUUUGUGUGGUCAUAAAAGCCAUCUGCCCUUUCCCUUACUACCACAACUGUAUAAUACAACUUUAAUAUCAUAAAAACUACUAUGCAAUAUCUAAAAUGUUUGCUGAUUACGACGAAACGCAUUGAUGCUUCUAUUUGCAUAUAGAACCGUAAACGGUUCGUACGGUUGAACACUUGUGUAUAUUAUUUUCCGCGCUCAGUGAUAUACUUAUCGUUUACACUAAUAGUCCAGUCAGUUAUUACAUAUUCGGCCUAAUUAAGCUAGUAUAACGUCGUAUGCAACGCAAAUGCAUAUACCACACAAUCUAUAAUUACUCUGUAGAAUUCCGUAGAUUUUAAUGAAAAGAAAACUAAACGCAUCGUUUUCGUAUUUCUAUUCGUAGGCGCGCAACACACGUGUUAACGAAACAAGGUUUUACGUAAUGUACCGUGUGGGUGUGUUGCGUGUGAUUGCAUCAGCAAGAAUGUUACACAUUAGAAUAGGCUCUUCUGUUCCGUGUCCGAAUGGUUCAACUGAAUGAAACGAAGAAAAUUGUGACCGAUGCAUUUGUAUGCACUGAGAAUUACGUAUAAAACCGAAGAUUGAACAUUUGAAUAUAUUUGUAAAUAUCAUAGGAGUAUGACAACUUAAAAGUAUUAUAAUAUGUCUGACCUAAUCAAACGAGUAAGAAUAAGUUUGUACAUAACAUACUAACUUGCGAUUGUGCAUAGAAUAAAAAUAAUUCCAUUUGGAUAUGUCGUGUUGCAUUUGCUGUACAUACACUAUAUAUGUACAUACAUGUUAAGAACAUUUUUUAUUUAAAUGAACACAUUGUGUAAUUCACACUUAUAUUGUAAUUGGUCUAAUCUGUUCCUUCAUUUAUUCGUAUCAGCAUUCUUUUAAUUGUGAAGGACCGUAUCGUCCAUUUAUUUUCAUUAUCUGUUUGAGGUGAAAAACUUUGAAAGUUUAAAUGAAUUAUUGAAAUAUUUAUUCUAUGCAAACUAAACUACAGGGUGAUUCGUCUAAUUCGAUGAAUCAAAAUUACGUAAAGAUUUCUCGUUCUACAUAAAAGUGUAUGUGACAAAUCUAUUUUAUUUGAGGGGGCACAUUUUGCACGUAAAGUAUAAACAGUGUAAAAAGAAUAAUUAUUUUAACGUCCAUACCUCUUGAUAUAGCACAAUUUGUGCUGCAUACACUUUUUUAUGUAACUAACAGUUUAAAGUAAUUUUAUGUCCUCAAGUUAGCUAAAUCAGCCUGUAAAAUUGUCGAUGCAGUAAAUUCUCAAUUAUUCGGUCUUGUUUCAGUUAAUCAUAUUUUCGUCGAAAUUCUUUUUCUUGAAUCUAAUUUCUAGCGUCCAUAUUAAGAUGAAGUUUAGUGCAUUUAAUGUAACGAAACAGAAUUGUUUUUAAAUUUACAUUACCUACUUUUACUCGAAGUAAAUAUUUAACUAACACAUAUACGCAACACGUGUGUAUAUAUAAUUUUUCAAAUUAAAUUCACCUUAUUUAAUACAAUUUAAUUUAAUGUAAUUUCUUCAAUGAGCACCAUAAGUGAGAACGGACCGAUUAAUCGUGAAUUUAUUGUAUUUAAAUUGUAAAUAUUAAUCAUCGACGGAUACUGCACGUUCAUUUAUUAAAACCGUGCAUUGUAAAAUGUUUUAAUAAUUAAAAUCGUCAACGACAAAUGGAGAUAUUUAAAUCGCAAUGAUAGAUAUUUCGAUGAGAAUUAAUUGUUUACUUGUCAAAUUUUUAUAAUAUAUAGAUUCUUUAUUUGUCUCACAAAUUUGUUUAGAAAAUAUUAUUUUGCAAAUUAGUAAAGUAACUGUAAGUAAUGCAAUAAGUAACAAGUAAAAACAAAAUUGACUUGUACACUUUUUAUUUAGAAAAAGGUAAAAAUAAAUUUUCGAAAUUUUGGGUGAACAAUUUAAAAAACUAAUUUUUCAUUUGCAUUUCUCUUUUGUGAAGUGUCUAUCUUCUCAACAUUUUUUCGAUACUUCAAUCCCUGAUUAAUGAUCUAUUUAUCGUUGUCGAAAUACAUUGUAAAAUCUGUAUAUAAGAAAAUAGACACAAUUGAAUUUAUAAUGUAUUUACAGCAGAUUAGUUUUAGCAGCGUGGUAAAUCUGAAUGUAGGAAAAAGUAUCUGAUUGAGCUUACUACAGCUUUUUAGGUAUGCAACUUUUGACAUUAAAUUGUUUUCCGCUUCUAUUAAUCUGAAAUACAUCAAUGAAAUAUUGUUCAAUCUAAAAUUCAAAUAAAAAACAAUUGAAAGGCAAACAUUAUGAAAAGUUAUGUUCUCUAACAAUUUACAAUAAGGAUAUAUAAAUCGCGCAAAAUAAAAAUGGAUUCUAAGAAAAAAAAUUAUUUCAUUCAAUAAAAAUAUUACAAAUCUGUUAGGAAAAGUCAUUCGUUUUAUAUUUUAUAGUUCAACAUAUUGCAGCUAAAUAAAGUAAGAGAGAAUCAGUAAGUUGUUUAAUAUCGUUAACAUCGUUCAAACGUUCCUUUAACGAAGUUUCGAUAAACAGAAUUAGUAAGAAGAUAUUAAUGUCACUUGUUGUAUUUUUGAAGGAUUGUAAAACGAAUUUAAACAAAAAUUAAUGUAAAAAUUAUCUUCCCGCUGUAGAUCUAGGUUGAAUGAAAUACUGAUUGAAAGCGAGUGAUCAACCCAAUAUAUGUAAAUGAAGCGUUUUGCAUGUAUGGUAAAACAUUUCUCAGAAAUGUUCGUGUAUUAACAAUAGGACAUCAAUUUUGUAUUGAUUUUAUGGGAUUUUUGUAAAUAACUGAAUAUGUAAAAAGUUAUGUAUUUAUAUAUUUCAAAAUUAACAAGGCUAUGUAACUUUUGUUAUUGGAGAGUAUAUAAUAUCUACUUUUCAAAUAUUAUUUCAAUUAAUACAUGUUUUUUUAACAUGUCAUUUGUUCAAUUUUGUAUGAAUACAGUUUUGUUACAGACGU